GGCGUGAGGGAGCGAGCGGCGGGAGGGACCGGCUGAGGCGAGGGUUGUCCCGCGGUGUCUGCGGCGUCUCGCUUUCCAACGGGUUUCUCAUUAGGGAGCGCCUUUCCUUUUCCGCGGAGCCCUCGUUCUCCUCUCCGCCCCUCAGACGAAGUCCCCCGCCGCCCUCAGCUCACCCCCGCUCCCACCGCUAUGUCUCUCGGCCAGCGCCUGGCCCUGCUGGCCGCCCACCUGCAGGACCCGCGGAAAGUGGCCGCGUUCCAGCGGCUCUGCGGGGUGGAGGGGCCCUCGGGCUGGGCCGGCGCGGAGCCACGGGGGCCGGUGGCGAACGGUGGCCCCGCGGGCGGGCAGGCGCAUCCCUCUGGGAACGGGGCCGUGCCCGGCGCGGCGGGAACCCCGCGGCGCUGGAGAAGGAGGCCGCGCCGAAACUCGCUGACGGAGGAGGAGGACGGCAGCCAGGAGUUCGCCACUCGCAGCCGCUUCCUCUACUAUCUGUUCAGCCUGGGCACGGAGCUGGGCAACGAGCUCUUCUACAUCCUCUUUUUCCCUUUCUGCAUCUGGAAUGUGGACGCCUGGCUGGGCCGGAGGCUCAUCAUCAUCUGGGUGUGGGUGAUGUACCUGGGGCAGUGCACCAAGGAUGUGAUCCGCUGGCCGCGUCCUGCCUCGCCGCCCGUGGUGAAGCUGGAGGUCUUCUAUAACUCCGAGUACAGCAUGCCCUCCACCCACGCCAUGUCGGGCACCGCCAUCCCCCUGGCGCUGCUGCUGCUCAGCUACGGCCGCUGGCAGUACCCCCUUAUGUUUGGACUGAUCCUGGCAUUCUGCUGGUGUUCUUUGGUUUGCUGUAGUCGAAUUUAUAUGGGAAUGCAUUCAAUUUUGGAUGUUAUUGCUGGAUUUCUGUAUGCUAUUCUUAUCCUGGUUGUCUUCCAUCCAGUUGUGGACCUGAUUGAUAACUUCAACUUAACUUACAAAUAUGCACCCUUAAUUAUCAUCAGUCUCCAUUUAGCCCUGGGCAUCUUCUCUUUCACCCUGGACACGUGGAGCACCUCACGGGGAGACACAGCUCAGAUCCUGGGCUGCGGUGCCGGCGUGGCCUGCGGCUCCCACGUCAACUACAUCCUGGGUCUGCAGCUGGAUCCUCCUCCCCACACCUUGCCCUUGUCUCUGUCCUCCCUCAGCGUGACUGUGUUUGGGAAAGCCAUCCUGCGCUUGUUGAUUGGAGUCAUCAUUCUGUUGUUAACGAAAGUGGCCAUGAAGAAAGCCACGAUUCCCCUGGCGUGUAAAAUAUUCCGCAUCCCGCACGACGACGUGCGCAGAGCCCGGCAGCGCAUGGAGGUCGAGCUGCCCUAUCGCUACAUUACCUAUGGCAUGGUUGGCUUCUCCCUCAUGUUCAUUGUUCCUUGCCUCUUCCAUUUCAUUGGCCUUUCCUGAUGUAGUUGGAUCACCCUGAGCAGGGAGAACUGAGCUAGUUGCUUUUUGAAGAGGUGCACUAGUUUGCUAAGGGAAGGCCAACCUGCUUGGCUUUAGCAGGGUCUUCCUUUUAACAGCAAUACACAGCAGGCAAAGCAUUUAAAGGGCUUUGCACAUCUCUGGGGAUGGUUUAGGGCCAGCAGUCAAGCAUCAGUCCAGGAGAAGUGCUGACCUCUGUAAAUGCUGUUUUUGGACUUAUUGCUGUAACAAGUCUGUGUGUGUGAUGCAGUGACUGUAUCUGGGAUGGCUGCAAGUCUGUACCUGUGUACACUGACCCUUUAGCAGGUAUGUCUGACAGCUAAUCAGAAGGCUCCAUUCAUGAUCUGUUUGUCAUUUCACAGUAAUAAUUCAAGUUGUUGGACCAUAAACUGUUAAAUUUGCUUUUUUCUGUUCUUUCCUGAAGUCUUGCUUCAAGGUAUUUCAGCUAAUAGGUAUUUCUAACGGACCAAACUUGUAAUGAGGUUGAAUUUUUCUAAAUAAACAAGCAGAAGCCUUUUUAUUUAGCCCCCUUUGCAAAGAAAAAUGUCUGGAUUAGCAUUGGUAGAUAUCACUAGAAUAUAUAUAAUUCAGGUACUGUAUUUUAUGGUUUAAUAACUGUGCCUUUCUGUUGCUAAAUUAAGGAAUGCCAUAUAUACUGUGAUGCAAAAAUGCCUAAUUUUAUUGAAAAUCCUCUGUAAUUAGGCAGAUAUUAAAAAAUGUUAGAUUGUCCAUGUUGUUGACAUGGUCCAAGUUAACCAGAAUGUUUAAAAAAUUGAGUAAAGGAAAUGACCUAGGAAUUGUGUCCUUGAACUCAAGGUAUUGUAAAUGAACAGUAGUCCCUUUUGUAAGUAUUUUUAAUGUGUAUUGUAAGUUACUGCAAGAGGAUAUAUUUUUCUGGAGAUUUAUACAGUAGAUGGAUAUUCAAAAUUAAUUAUUUAAACAUAUAAACAAUAAAACCACCCCAUUCUGCAAAGAAAUGGGCUUCACUUAUUGUUCCAAAUCAAUCUAGGAGGACCACUGCUUUUAGGUAUUUGGUUAGAAAACAUAGUACUUAUUCUAGAAAAAUCUGUAUUUUUAUGCAUUAACAUGCUAUAUUUAAAGGUGAUAAUAACUUUUACCCGGUUUAGAUAGUUGUAAGACAAUGUAACAAUUAAAGUAACCUUGUAAUCGUUCUGAUUGACAGAUUGUGAGCAGUCAGGACAGAAAGAACAGUUUGUCUAAAUUUGGCAGAAUUUUAUUAUGUGCUUUUGGGCUUUCCAUGAUCCUCUUCCCUUCAAGUGUAAUUUCAUGUGCCUUUUUUUCUGUUUCAUUUUCUCUUGUUCAUGUGUUGCCUGAUCUGUUCUUUCCAUGUCAGGAACAGUUACUGCAGGAAGCGCUGUCCUGGUGUCUGACCAGACACCAGUUACUUCGUUUUGUAUUGUACAUGUUUUUCAGGAAAAGCAUCAUUUGCUUGGGAAAUACGGUGAUUAGAUUACAAAACCUACUUUCUUUUUUCUUUUGUAAACAAUAUUUAGGUUUAGAAGGGGUUUUCUUUGUGUUGGAGGUAUCUCCAACGUGUUAAUAUGUAGAUUGACACAAUUAACUUCUUUCUUUGAAGCAGAUGAGGUUUAUGGUACGCUGGCACUGGAUGAUGUGAAAAAUUUAACUUUUUCUGGUGCAUUUCUCCAGUGCAUCCUGAAUGCACUGCUAUGAAUGUAUUCAAACUGAGGUAUUCAGUGUGUUAAACAACUUCCAGAGCUGAAAAGACCUUACCAAGUAGAAAAUGGUAAGCUUGUUUCAGUGUGUAUUUCUGGAUUUGAUAUUUGUGUCUGUUCCUCUUUUGCAGUUCAAUGCUGAACGUGCAGUAAAAGGUAAAUUGGUUUCUGGGCUUUUGAGAGUGAGGUUUUUGCUGAUUUGGCUUUGCACACCAAGGUAGCCAUUAAAUAAAUAGCUGGAGGAAUGUACACAAAAUGCCUUAUGCUUAAAGCCCUAAGCAAGUGGUGUAGUUUCAAUUAUAUUCAGUUAGUCUGAGGACUAAUAAUAGUGAAAAUAGUUAAAAAUAAUAGCAUAACUUUCUCUGAAACUUAGGGCAUAUUCUCCUUAAAUAUCCUAGCUUUACAGUUUAUAGCAAAAAAUGUUUAAAUUCUAGCACAGAAAAGGUGAGUGAGCAAAACUAAUUUUUAAGGUACAUAUUAGACUUCUAGAAACUUCAAGUUUACAUCAUAAAGAGCAUAAUUAAAGCUGUAUUUUCUAGCUAUGCUUGCUCUGUUGUAGUAUUAAUGGAACAUGGAGGAUCUGGAAGGCGUGAAAAAGAUCACACAGCUUUCAACAGGCUAAGGAAAAUUGCACUGUAGCUUAUUCUACUGUCAUAAAUGUAUUUUUUAUAUGUUACUCAUUACAUUAUUACUUACUCAUUACGUUGAGUAAGUUCCAAAUGUCAUGUUCCAUGUACCACUACCCAGGAAAUGUCCAUCAGAAUGUUUAUACAGCACCUUCAGCAAUUACUUCACUGAAGUUUACAAGAGAAAAAGUUCUACUGUUCUAUUUUCCUGUUUUGUAAUGAGUUAGGCUCGAGAGGGCAGUUAGCACAAAAUGCCAUGCAACAUGAAUACCUUUAGAGAAUAAAGAAUCACACAUACAAAUGCUUAAAAAUCCAACUAUUUGUAUUGCAGUAUAAUUUUGUUUACUGAUAAGCUGAGAUUCCUUGGAAUUGGGUGUAACAAAGCAGCAGGUAAAACUGGAGCACUUUCUUUGCCCUAAUCUAUUCUUAGAGUUGAACGUGAAAAAUGUUUCUAGUGUGAGCACCAGCUGGUACCAAAUUCUUUAUAAAUAAAGUCAACAUAGCUUUAAGAAGUAGCCAAAUGUCUUUCCAGAAGGACAAUAUGCUUGAAACCCUUUAUGGUGUGGUGCAAAAACAUCCUGCUAGUGAAGUCCCUUAGUCCCAGAGAGGAAUACUACUUUAUAAAACCAGGUAUCAAUGCACAUUUACUACCCACAGCUCCAGGCUAAAUUUGCCUUUUUAUUUCAUACAAUAAUUUAAACCCUAAAACCAACAGACAGGUAGAGAGCAAUUUGACACAGAAUUCUGUUUUCCAAGGGUUUGAAGAGAUGUGAAUUAGCCUGAGACUGCCUUAAACAUAGGAGCAGGGUUUUUUCUGACCUGGCCCUCAGUCAGAACGGACAUGUGCAUUGCAUCUUGGGUGAGUUUUAGAGUUUCAUGUUUUUAAAAAAGCAUUGCUUUUGCUUUCUCCUGUGUAAUUACCUGUGAAGCUGUUGGGUCUCUGAUCAGGAGGUGCAGGAGUAACUUGAAGGUAAAUUGGCAAGCCAAAGGGAGUUGGGUUUUGUUUAUUUAUUGGAAUUUUUUUUAGGUUAUGUGCAGCAUUUCUCCUGGAAAGAAAAACCAAACAGAAAGAUGCAUUUCUUUUAAAAUGGCAUCUCCAAAUGUGAUAUGUGGCUUUUUGUGUUAUUUUUUUCUUACCAGAACAGUGUUAAAUUGUCUGGAUAUUAGAAGCUAAUAUGCUUUCCUUUUUUUUUUUUUUUUUUUUUUUAACUUACUGCUUUCAGUAUUCUUUACUCUAUUUUUUGCUUAUUUCUGAGAGUGUCCAGAACUUCUGUAAGCAAUUGCUACUUAUGUGAAGAUUGUAAUUUUGAACUUGUAAAUAAUUAAGGGUUGUUAGCUGCAAAAAUAUAUGAAAACAAAUCCUUGCAUGCUGUAAGUAAAUACAUCUGUUGUGCUAAAAGUUGUUUCUGUUUCAGUAUUUGCUUUCUCAAUAAAAGAUUCCAGUUUUCACACACAAUACAGAAGAUAUUUAAUAAUUCAAUGAUUUGAAGGGGCAUUGCUGUCAAACUCCUACUACCUUUACUGGGAGUUUUGCACUUGGUUCCUUCCACACAACACUGAGAGUGAAGCCUGAAGGGCAGGUCCGUGCUGACCUGUGAGCAGCUCGGUGUGUGUGAAGUGACUCAGCUCUCCAUGUGACAGCCUUGCUUUUGGGUGAUUCUCCUUGUUACAAUCACACUUAGCCCCGUUUUUACAAGAUUGCUAAAGGGCUUUACUUAGAAGCCUGUUCUCUGUAGGUGGAACUGGCUGCACAUUUCUAACACUCCCCCUCUGUACCGUAAUUCUGUGAAUGAAGAGACCCCAGAAUAAAGUCAGUAGAUCAAAUGAGAGGAGAAUUGAUUUAUUGGGGUGUUGUGACUUAACUUACUGUAAUUGAUUCUUGAGUGGUUCUUUGGUCUAAUGUAGAAUGUUUGUUAGUUAUGUAAUUUAUUUCUGUAUUCUGCAAACAACUUUGAGGAAACUUAACUUUUUUGUGGGAGGAAGUUGAAUGACUUCUUGCUAGAUUUUAUUCUACAGGAAAGCUUAAGUGGCCUUUUUGUUUCAGAAAAAAAUAAAUAAGCAUGUUUUAAAAUUUACUGCAAAUGAUAUAUUUGUCAAAUUGGUAAAUUAAUUGGGUCACUAACAUCGUUGUUCUUUCUAUACUGUACAAAGGCAAUGAAAGCUGAAUUUGAAAACAAAAUGUGUUAUUGUGUGGCAGAGAGGAUGUUAUAGCACUUCAGGUAUUCUCUAAAAAGCACGUAUCUACACAUGCUGGUUUUGAAGCAAAUUUAGCCAUACAUUAGAAAAAUUGCUUUGCACUCCAUUCUGCACCAGAAAUUAUUUGCAUGUUGGUAAGAGGCCUUUAAGAGCAGGAAGGAAAGCAGGGUAUGCUUACAGUGUGUGAUCAAUAACUGUUCCUGUAGGAUCAAAGGACAAGAGAGGGUUAGUGGGAUAAUUGUACCUUAAAGAUAAUGACUAGUAAAUGUAAAUAAUUCCCAUCAAGUUGGAGAAUUUUAUUAGUCACUGAACUUUGACUAAAUUAGUCACUAAGUUUUCCCACAAGUUUAUUUUUGUUAGAAAGUGCAAUGAAAGAUAAGAGUGAUAUUACUGAAAUGGAAAUUAGCUCUUAAGACAAUUCUAAAUGUCUAAAGUAUCAGAACUGAAAAAGAUCAGUUCAGGAGCAAGUAAUGGGAACAGUAAGAAUAGAGUCUGAGGGGGAUUUUGUAUUAAACUUAAUGCACUUAAAAAUAAUGCCAAAAUUUGGGCUACACUUGAUUUAUAUGAAAUCUGUAGUACAACAUAGAUACAUAUAUACAUAUAAUAUUGUGUAUUGGAGUUUAAUUUUUUUGUGUAUUGAUAUUUUUUUUUUCUGAUUACUGAAUUCCCUGAUAAAAAGAAGUGUUGAUAAAAUACAAACCAGCUUUGUCUGUAUAAGGUGAGGCUGUAUGUUAGAAGCCUUUUGGUAAAUAAUGCAGUUGUAACCCAGUCUCAACCUCUUGGAGAAACUUGUUUUUAAAAAAACCAAAACGAUUGAGAUGCAAGCCCCGAGUUAGUUGAGGAUCACAUAAUGGUUGCUGUAUAAUAGUGUAUAACUGAUGUUUUAAAAAUUAAUACAUCAGAACUUUGUUACACUCUUGUUAAUGGUUUUGUACUCAGUGUACACUUUCUGAGUUGUCAAUUAAUACUUAAGCUUAUAUUGACUGGUAACUGAGGUGUCAAAAUUCAUCUGCAAUGCGUGGGUAAUAAACUCCUGUUGGAUUCA